UAUUUUCGCUUCAGACGUUUUGGGUGCGUGUGUGCGUCUUGUGGAGAAGUAUUCGAACAUUGGAUGGCGUUUAUUGUACCGGAGGCUAAGAGAAGGAAAACAUUUUUGGGAGAGAGUGCUCCACCAGGAUACGUUCCUGGAUUGGGAAGAGGAGCAACUGGUUUUACAACUCGGUCUGACAUCGGACCAGCUAGAGAUGCAUCUGAUGCACCUGAAGAAAGAUAUGCAAAAGGUGCAAAACCUCAGCAACCAGGAGCGAGGCCAAAUGAGGAUGAAGAUGAAGAGGAUCUGAAUGAAAGCAACUAUGAUGAGUUUGCUGGUUAUGGUGGUAGUCUCUUUUCGUCUGGCCCAUAUGAUGAAGAUGAUGAAGAAGCAGACAAAAUAUACAUGUCAAUAGACAAACGAAUGGACUGUCGAAGAAAAGAGAGAAGAGAGAAAUUGUUCAAAGAGGAAACUGAAAAAUAUCGAAUGGAGAGACCAAAAAUUCAACAACAGUUUUCAGAUCUGAAGCGUCAGUUGGCAGCCGUAAGUGAUGAAGAAUGGGCCAACCUUCCCGAUGUUGGGGAUGCAAGGUCAAAAAAGCAGAGAAAUCCACGUCCAGAAAGGUAUACUCCAGUUCCAGACUCGUUCCUCGAGAGAGCAGCCAAACAGAAUCAACAUCAUGGAAAUCUUGACUCGAAACAGCAAAAGUAUGGGUUUCAGACGCCAUUGCCUGGCACGAAGACUCCGUUUUCUUCCGGUCUUGCGACUCCCGGUGGAAGCGCUCCACUCGAUCUUGUGCAGAUUGGCGAAGCGAGGAACUCAAUGUUGGGAGUGCAAUUAGAUCAGGUAUCCGACUCUGUCUCUGGACAGACGGUCGUCGACCCAAAAGGCUACCUCACCGAUCUCAACAGCGUCACACCAAAGAGCACAUCAGACGUCGGUGACAUCAAGAAAGCGAGACUCCUCCUCAAUUCCGUCAUCCAAACAAACCCAAAACACGGCCCUGGAUGGAUUGCCAGUGCACGUCUGGACGAGGCAACCGGCCGCAUCCAAGCAGCUCGAAACACAAUCAUGAAAGGCACGGAGCAUUGCCCCAAGAACGAAGAUGUGUGGAUGGAAGCAAUCAGAUUGCAGCCACCGGAAGAGUCGAAGGCGGUCGUAGCUCAGGCAAUACAACAUUUGCCACAGUCGGUUCGAUUGUGGAUCAAGGCGUGCUCGCUGGAGGUCGAAGUUGUAGCAAAGAAGAGAGUGUUACGACGUGGGUUGGAGAACGUUCCCAACUCUGUGAGACUGUGGAAGGAGGCUAUUGAACUUGAGGAUCCGGAGGAUGCGCUGAUGUUGCUACAGAGAGCUGUCGAGUGCUGUCCACAGAGUACAGAGAUAUGGUUGGCUCUUGCUCGACUAGAGACAUAUGACAAUGCAAGAAAGGUGCUGAACAAGGCUCGAGAGAACAUUCCAACCGAUCGUCAAAUUUGGAUUGCUGCUGCAAAGUUGGAAGAGGCGAAUGGCAAUGAGAAUAUGGUGCCGAAGAUUAUCGAGCGAGCUGUUGCCUCAUUGAAGGCCAACCAAGUUGAGAUCAAUAGAGAGCAUUGGAUAAAGGAUGCAGAAGACUCGGACAAAGGAGGAAGUGUUGCUACAUGUCAAGCAAUAAUGCAUGCAGUAAUCGGCAUUGGAGUGGAAGAAGAGGACCAGAUUCCUUCAUGGCUUGAGGAUGCUGAAAGUAGCACAGCACAUGGUGCAUAUGAGUGUGCACGUGCAGUAUAUGCUCAUGCACUGGCAGCAUAUUCAGAUCGGAAAGACAUUUGGCUCGAAGCGGCGUAUUUCGAAAAGAAUCACGGAACUAGAGAGUCUUUGGAAGCUCUUCUUCACAAGGCCGUCACACAUUGUCCAAAGGCAGAAAUCCUUUGGCUAAUGGCUGCAAAAUCAAAAUGGCUUGCUGGUGAUGUGCCUGCUGCCAGGUCUCUCUUGGCUUCAGCGUUCAAAGCUAAUCCAAACAGUGAGGACAUCUGGUUGGCUGCAGUGAAACUGGAAUCAGAAAAUAACGAGUAUCAGAGAGCAAGACUGCUUCUACAGAAAGCUCGUACGAGCUGCCCGAGUCAGAGAGUCUUCAUGAAGUCAGCAAAGCUUGAAUGGAUGAUGAACAAUUUGGAUGAGGGUAAGAAACUAGUUGAAGAUAGUGUGAAACAUUAUCCAGACUUUGCAAAGCUAUGGAUGAUGCUCGGACAGAUAUCGGAGCAACAGGACAAGGUGGACGAAGCAAGAGAAUAUUACAAUCAAGGGCUGAAAAAAUGUCCACAGUCUGUGCCACUUUGGCUCCUACUGGUUCGACUAGAAGAGAAAUCGGGACUUCCAACAAAAGCAAGAUCAGCACUUGAGAAUGCCAGACAGAAGAAUCCUAAGAAUGCUCAAUUGUGGUUGGAGUCAGUCCAACUGGAGUUGAAAGGAGGACGGAAAAGCAUGGGACAGACCAUGAUGGCUAAAGCAUUGCAAGAAUGUCCCUCAGCUGGAAUUCUGUGGGCUGAGUCCAUUUUUCUAGAAUCUCGACCUCAACGGAAAACUCGUAGUGUUGAUGCUCUAAAGAAAUGCGAACACGAUCCCAAUGUUCUCCUCGCUGUUGCAAAACUGUUUUGGUCAGAACGGAAGAUCAACAAGACACGAGAAUGGCUCAAUAGAGCUGUCAAGAUUGAGCCUGAUCUCGGCGAUGCUUGGGCAUAUUUCUACAAGUUUGAGUUGCAAUAUGGGACAGAGUCUCAACAAAAGAGCGUCAUGGACCGAACCGCUCACGCCGAGCCUCAUCAUGGCCCACAGUGGUGCAUCAUAUCAAAGGACAUCCGCAACUGGCGAAAAAAGACAGACGAAAUUCUGGCGUUAGUCGCAAAAUCACUGAAAGUACCAACAUAGCUACUAACUCUACACACACGUAGUACACACUCUAGACGCAAUUGUUAGUAUCGAAUUGCGCAUUCUGGUGGCACUUGAAGUGAACAAAAAUACAUUACAGAAACAUGGCAGUCUGUA